CUUCUCCCUUCCCUUCGCAUGCAGAAAUGAGUGAAGACGACUUGUCGACAGCCCAGAGUGCGGCCCUCUUCGACAUUCUGACACACUACAACACUUAUGCCGAAAUCAGGGAAUUCAGAAAUCCGGGGAGUCUCGCUCAAUAUGGUCCCCCGUUCAACCAUGACACGGAGAAGCCGUCUACUUCACCCGCUCUGCAGGCCUUGGUGUCCAAAUACCUGUUGAACCUACCAGGGCUAAACAAUCUACCAGAGAAAUGGUGGAAGGUUCAAUGCCACACAAUCAUCGAGAACAUCGAGAAGGCGAAUCUCAGUGAGAGUUACGACAAGGGCGUCAUUGGCAGUCGAAAGACUGUAGCCACGGCCAUCUCUGCCCUCAUCGAGUAUCCCGUACGAGGCACCUUUGGUGGAUUACCCGAGAGAACCGACCGAGACGACAACUAUGAUACCAGCAAGGCCGAAGAUCUUUCGCGGGCUUUCCGCGAUUUCAUGAACGACGCAGUCUACGGCAAUGUCCUAGACGAAAUGGUCUCCAAGACGGCACAGACAGAUCGACUCGAGGAUCAUCCACCACUGACAAAAGCCGUGCACGAGUUUGUGCUUGUCAAUCUCGCUUCAUUCAUGCAUUACACUCUGAUCCUGUCACCCAAGGGUCAGUACCUACUCAAGUUGAUCGACAACGCCAACAAACUGGUGCCCUACCUCGUCAUCAAGCAGACAUUGAAGAUCGGGAACGUAGCGACCAUGAUCAACGCCAUGGUCAGAGUCGGAUUGGCCAAGAUGAGUGUGGCCAGUGUCACCAACUGGAUCGGUCUGACUUCCAACUCUGACGAAGGGAUGAAUCUCAUGCAAACGAUCAUCUCUACCGUCCUUAACUGGGACAUUAGGGACCUCGAGUCCCGGGCGGCCAAACUCGAAAGGGAACGAGCGAAACUCGGGAAAGAACAGUUGCACACCCUCAAAGCCUACACCACGAAACCCCAACACGAGCAAGAUCGGAUACGCAAACAGAGCCAAACCCAAUCCGUCUCCAUCGUCACCGCCAUCCUCCGGGACAGCAAAUGUUCGUCCACCGACCUCACCGAGUACCACCACUCCCAGGCCCUGGAGUACCUGUCCAUCCACCUGUCGGUGCGCGACCGGAAACAACUGAUCCAGGUCCUCUGCAAGUCCAACAACCCGGACCACCUGACCACCUCGGUCCGAGAGGUGGUCGACGCCUACGAGCCCGUCAUCCGGCGGAUGCACAAGGCCGUCGACCUUUCGGGUACCGUCAACGACUUUGAGUACUUUCUGAGGGACCUGAUCAAGCUCGCCCGCAUCCACACCGACGGCAAGUCCGGACACCACCACUCCGCCGCCGCCGCCGUCCCGACCGUGGGCGACUUUGUCCGGUUGUUGCGCAAACACCAGCGGUCCACCCACGUCUUCAUGCACCAGUGCUGCAAGAACGACAGGGAACUGACGAGUUGGUACCUCGACUGGGCCAAACAGGCGGCCUCGCGGUUCCGACGCGACGCCUCGCCGGAUUUCCACCCCGCCCACCCCGGGUUCACGGCCAAAGGACCGGGUGGUCUGACCCCCGACCUCCACCGCCUGUUUGGAUCUCUCGACAAGCCGACACAGGACCGCAUCGUCCCCAUCCUGGACUCGCAUUCCGUCCAUCUCGAAAGGAUGCACGCACAAUCAACCGCCCGUCUACAAAACGUGAUUCGGUCCCAACCUUCCCGCUCACCGGCGAUGGCAAAAAUCUUUGCCGGCAACAACUACAACAACAACGACAACGACGUUCAGCACGCCUCGAGCACGCCUCCUUCCCGGUCGAGUAGUCCCCCGCUCGAACGUCCGCGGAGUGUCCCUCCUCCCGAGUCACCUUCCGAGACCACCAAGAAAUCCCCCUCGGCGCCGGAGGUGUCGUCGUCGUCGUCUUCGCCCGGUCCCGGUUCGUUCCUCGCCCGCUGGCAGGCUCUCCUGGACGCCACGCCCAUCACUCCCCUCACUCAGUCCGGCCCUCCAAAAGCCGCGAGCAGUCCCGAAGUCGUCCAGGCGAGUGCGACGGACGUCGACGGGUCUCGAUUGGUCAAUUUCGGGACCCGAGUGGCCAGGGGGGCCAAGAUCAACGUCGACAAGGACAGGUCCUCUGCGACCUCGGAAGAGGCGCUCCAACGGCAGAGACAGUACAAGGUCAUAAUCGACGCCAUGGGUCAGGAUUUUCGGACCCUCUUGGCCGAAAGGUCCAGGUAUUGGUGAGGAAACAGCCUUUUGUGUUCAACACGGUCCUCACGAGCACUACCAAGAUCUCACCUGGACCUGUACCGGGUUCGACACACACACACACACACAAGGGAUGACCAACCUACCCAAAAGACAAAUGUGAACCCCCGUUCGGUUAAUACAAUCGUAACGUCCUAUCGAUUCGUUCGUUACCCGACAUACGUACGUACGUACGUUUCGGUCAUUGAAAAGUCGUCGAGUUGGGUGGACGAUUAAAUGAUUGACGUGAUCGGAGUAUCAACCUUGACACCGAACAGACAUUGCCCGGAGACGACUUACAACGACGACCAUGACCACCACAGCCUAUACCAUAGUCAAAUCAAACAGAGAGGGGAAUAUUGGAUAUCACCAAAGAGGUUCCCCAUCACCAACAUCAUACCUAUCUACCACACAUGACCAUAUAUGGGGAGAGAGAGAGAGAGAGAUGUACGACAAUUAGUAGCCAGGAACAAUGGAUGGGAUUUCGUGAGACCUUGUAAAAGUUAUCUCUCAUUGAAAAUCAUGACGAUCAACAAUUGGGCACAAGGAGGAAGAGAGAGGGAGAGAGAGGGAGAGAGAGAGAGAAGUUUACUGAUUUCGUACAUCUACCACUGGGAAAAUUCGGUCAUGUACUGUGCACACAUUCAAACCAACUCAACGUUGACCAGUCAAUCAUGCUGUGACACAACCCGAC